AUGGGGCGACCUGAGUACGUAUCCGACGAGGAGGAGCGCGAUGGUCAUGCAGUGACGGCGCGCGGCGAGUGUCGCGAGGAGGACGAGGAGAGAAGACCGCAGGAGGAAGGGGCGGAGGAGGAGGGGGCGGAGGAGGAAGGGGCGGAGGAGGAAGGGACGGAGGAGGAAGGGGCGGAGGAGGAAGGGGCGGAGAGGGGAGGGACAGCGGA